AUGCCAGAACAUGGUUGCCAUCAUUCUGAGAAUGAGACCGCUCGCAACGCUUUACUUCAACAAGUCGCGGCGUUAGAAUCAGAAAUGGAGGACACGCGGGCCCAAAUAGCACAAAAGCAGGCCUUUUUGCUUGAACAAGAACAUGCCUUGUGCCCGCUAGCCAAAGGGGGAGAGAAUCCCUUUUUUCUAGGCAAAAUUUGCCGAGGUUGGAGGGAUUUUGUUUGGUCGUCUCCCGUGCUUUGGACCAACAUACACCUCCGAGUAACGAAAAAAAACCGCAAGGCUCAAACCAAUCUUCUCCGGGACUGGCUGUCCAGAACUGCGGGGUGUCCCCUCACCUUUUGUCUUGCAUCGCAUUUGGAUGCCCGCCAGUACGAGAACUCUAUGAAAAAAGUCUUUACCAUGUUAGCGUCCGUGUCCACGCAAUGGAAAGACAUCGAGUUCUUCCUCCCCGACAGCCAAGUUUGUUUUGACGCCAUCUCCACGGCUGAGAAAUCCCUUCCUCUUCUCACCGCCGCUACUGUUCAUUUUAGUUCAAGAGAACGACAGUUCAGCCUAUUCUCAGUGGCCUCACAGCUCUCAACGCUUUGUAUCAACGAUAUUCGCCUGGACAGGGUCCUGGCUCCUUGGCACCAAUUAAUGGACUUCACUUCGCGUCAUACUCAAAUGCAGGAAGUUCGUGAAUUUCUCCAAAAGGCACCCAAUAUCAUUCGCUGCACACUCAAGUGUGAUGCACCGACGUGGGACGAGACAAUUCAAGUUUCAGGGUCAGUCAAACUCCCUUUCCUGCAUGAGGUCUACCUCCACGGUGCAAUUACUUCCGAUGAUGAAUUAAUUCGGGGUUUGGGGUAUAUCCCAUUUACAAAGGAAUUACGCCUGGAAUUUCGCAGUCAUAGGCAACGUCUAUAUCCGCUACUCACAGAAAAGCUCCUCCAACGGCUCUAUCCGCCCCAUGCAGAUAUUCUUCUUCCGAAUCUGCGUAGCUUCACGUACUAUGGCCCUAGUACAUUGGACGAACACAUGCAUUUGUUCCGCGAUAUGCUUGUGUACAGGUUCCGACAGUGCGCUUUGCGACCGGCCGAAGUGGACUCAGAACGAGCGACUGUUUCCCAGAUUCAAUCGGUGGCUGUGAAGACUGUGAAGACCUCGUCUAAACUUGUCAUCAGUCCAGAUAUACAAGAAGAAUUAGACUGCCUUGUAGAGGAAAGCCUUGAACUUUCAUUAACAUCCAUUUUAGCGAUGCCGAUGGGAUCGUGA